AUAUCACGGUUUAUCAAAGUCACGAGAGGAUCGAUCAUAAGAAUUUUCUGAAGCCUUGGUAAAAAUUUGUUCCAACAUGAUGACUGCAAUCUUGCUUGCAGUCCUAGUGGGAUUUUUGUCAAAUGUUCGCGCACAAGAGAUUACCUACAGAUGCAACGGAGGUUGGUGGAACUUUGGAAACCGAUGUUAUAAAAUAUUGGGGAACAAAUGGGUGUCCAAACCGGACGCAAUAGAUAUCUGUAGCCGAGCGAAUUUUCAACUCUUCGUCCCUUCUAAUCAAACUGAAUAUGAUGCUGUGACGGAAUACAUCAACAAUCUUGGUCCAGUUAGCACGGAUGAUAAUCCUACACCAAAAGAUAUUGACGAUGUGUGGAUAGGGUGUGAUGAUGAGGAAGUCGAGGGAACGUACCAAUGUGUAGACGGAAUAUCCUUCACCACCUCUAGUGGAUGGUUUGCGAGUGGAACCGGUUCUGGAGGUACCUCUUUUAAUUGUGUGACGUAUAUUAAGUCUUCUAGCGGACUUGAGGACCAGCCCUGCGGAGUUAGUGUUACUUCCCAAGUACUAUGUGAAGCUCCAGCCGCCAUCACCCGAUCCAGUUCUUACAAGGCUUCAUCUCUCCCCGACCGAUGUCUUCGUGGAUACACACAGAAGACUGUCAAUAAGAAGUCUAAGACCCGCUGUGCUGCUGAGUGCUUGAAAGAAGACUACUGCGUCUCAUUUAAUUUCAAAGAUGGCGUCUGUGACCUCAACUACAAUACCAGAAACCAAGUCCAUUAUAGUGCAUUCCAAGAGGAAGAAGGAUGUUCUUAUUACGAACCGUAGAGUGUCUUGAAAUUUUAAUGUGAAAUUCCCAAUGCGUUAAAAGUGUUUCUUAAAACUCAAACUUUCUUGACGAAAUUGAUGAAUAACAUAUUAUGAGGUUUAAAUUUUUCUUUUGAUAUUUAUGGAGAAUAUAGACCUUAUAGACAGAGGCGUCAAUCCUAGGGGGCAGGGGACGGUCGCUCCUCAUGAAAAUAUUUAUCAAUAUGCCCCUCAAUGACAACUUGACACAAUAAUGCAAGUAUCUGUUUAAAACAGUGUUAUAUAAUGACUUUACAAAAGGAUAUUAAGAGCAAAAAUACAUCUCUAUCAUUCCCAUCUUAAAAAAUAGAACAUUAAAAAGUGAUAAAAGUAACAAUUUAACCGAACCUCCGCAUUUCAAUAAUAAAAAAAUAAUAAUGUGCAUUAACAUUGAUGUACUGUGUUUCUGGUAAAAUAGAUCCUAUCUUCUUCGUGAUUAGUAAACCAUAACUAUAUUUAUAAGUGUGUAAAUCCAAAUCGUAUAUAAAUAUUUUUACAUUUUGCAAAAUUGAUAUUUUCGGGGAGUCGAAUGCAUGAGUCAUUAAUAAAUUAAAAUUGCUAUGAAUAUUUUUGAUUCACUUACGAACGGUAAAGAUAUUCUUUUAUGUGUGCUGGGGGUGUACUCUAAUGUCAACUUGGGUUCAAUAAAAGCAAAAUUUCGAGCAAACGUU